AUGCCCAGCAAGAAGGAGUUCUUUCUCUACCACAACCGUGCUGGAGUGCAGGUGAUCGUGCACCCGGCAGUUUCGGCCGAGGAAGUCCAGGAGACACCGGACAAAGAACUCCUACUUAACCUGCGAAACACCAUUGAGUCAGCUCUUCCUCUGGAGCUGCAGAAGGGGACCGUGGCAAGUUGCGGGCCCCAGGUUCUGCAAGGGCAGGCGGCUAUGGAUGGACCGGAGGGCGGUCUGUUCACUGUGGAGUGCAAGAGAAGCAUUGAUGCAGAUCGUUAUUACUACAACCUGCCAUGCAACGGAAGUUACUCCAUCUCUGGUCUAGCCUUGGUGCCACCACUGCCAUGGCAGACACGGUCCGGCAUCCCGGGUGGGCCAUGGCAGGACACAGAAGAAGAUGAGACUGAGGAGCCCGAGUUUGUGCCACUUCCUCCUCCGCCGAAGGUCCGAACUCAGAGGCAGAGUGUGUCUGCAGAAGCUUUCGGCGAGUGGAAUCAGCGGGUUAUCUUCGAGCCCGCGGUCUAUCCGAAAACGCCAGACCAGACGCAGGAGCUCGUUGAGGUGACCGCACAAUCCUUCUUAUUCACGUCUCUUGAAGAGAAGGAUCUUCGCGUUGUCAUCGCUGCCAUGAAGGGCCCGCUGAUUUUAGAGUCAGGCCACCGAAUCAUCCAAGAGGGUGACACGGGGGACCAUCUGUACGUCGUCACGGACGGGUCUAUGGACUGCGUCAAGGUCAUCGACGGUGUCGAGAUGGUUGUCAAGACCUGUGUCAAGGGAGACCUCUUUGGGGAGCUUGCGCUUCUGUAUAAUUGUCCCAGAGCGGCGAGCGUCCAAUGCCGCGAGCCUGCGGUGCUCUGGGAGCUGGACCGCGCGACCUUCAACAACAUCGUCAUGGAAGGAGUCCAGCGAAAGCGAAACCAGUGCCUUUCAGUCCUCUCCUCCGUGCCAUUGUUUUCCAGCAUCACGCGCGGGGAGUUGGAAAACAUCAUCGACGCCUUGAAGAUGGAGAGGCGGCCAAGGGGCGACGUCAUCAUCAGUCAAGGCGAAGUCGGCGAUCACUUCUACAUUGUCUACGAGGGUCAGGUCAUGGCCUCCAAAAUCACGGAAGAAUCCCCAGAGCCCGUGAUGAUGAUCCAUGAG